AUGGCCGUCUUUCAAGUCUGGCAGCAUGUGCCGGGCAAAGCACUACUGGCUCUGAUCAACCUUGUGUCCGCCGUGGCGUUGAUUUUUGAAGGAUACAACCAAGGUGUCUAUGGCACCGCCAGCUCUACGCCUGGCUUCAUCAGGAUGGCGGGCAUCGGCCACGGCCAUGACGUCACAAAUACCACCAAGCAAGGCGGUCUUGCAGCUUCGUAUUACUUUGGCGGCAUGUGGGGAUGCUUCGCCGGAGGCUGGGCCGGCGACAGGUUUGGGCGCAAAAAGGCCGUCUUGGUGGGCACUUGGUUGGCCAUGGUCGGAGCUGCUCUGCAGGCCGGUAGCCAAAAUGCCAACAUGUUUAUCUGUGGCCGCGUUGUGGCUGGCCUGGGCAUCGGCUUUGUUAACACGGUUGUCUUGCCCUGGGUCAGCGAGCUGUGCGAAUCCCAUGAUCGAGGGUCGAGCUUUUCCAUUGUCUUCAUGGCCAAUUUUCUAGGAAUUGCGAUAGCGUCGUGGAUCAACUUUGGCGUGCAAAACAGCACCUCAGACUUCCAGUGGAGGUUCCCCUUCGCAUGGAUGAUGAUACCGCUUGUCCUAGUCAAUAUGGUGCUUCCAUUCCUACCAGAGUCACCUCGAUGGCUCGUUGCAAAUGAUAAAUCAGCAGAGGCGAUUGACAUCCUCUGCAAGCUUCGCGGGGAUCUAUCACCUGACGACGAGAGGAUAUCUGCUGAGAUUAAAGGGCUUGAUGCCAUUGUCAAGUUGAGCCACCAUCCACGCAACAAUAUGCUUAAUAUUUUCCUUGGCGGCCGCCACUCAGGCAAACUGCACCUGGGUCGACGAGCGGUGCUGGGCUUUGCGCUGCAGUGGAUUCAGCAGUGGACGGGCAUCUUGGCCGUCGUCUCGUGGGCUAGUGUCAUCUUUAAGCUGUCUGGGUUUGACUCAUACAAGUCGCUGUGGCUGGCGGCCCUGGUCAACACGCUCGGUGUUCCUGCGACGGCUGCAGCAGCCUUAGUUAUCGACCGCAUCGGGCGAGUCAAGUCACUCUUGGUAUCAUUCGUGAUCCAGGGCGUUGCCUUAUUUCUUCUGGCUGGCCUUCUAAAGACCUCAGAGGAUAGAGCGCCCAUAGAUCCAGAUUUGGCCGUACGCCUUGGUACAGCUGGUUCAUGCUUUGUUUUUGUUUAUCUCUGGUUCUUCUGCAUGUUCAACAUCGUGCCGUCGUGGAUCUACGGCACAGAAAUUUGGCCGCAAGAGAUCCGCGCCCAGGGGUACGCCUUUACUAUUUUUGGAUGGGCAACAGGGUGUGGUAUGACCCAGUUUGUCAUCCCCAUCCUGCUUGAUCAUCUUGGCUGGGCAACUUUCAUCUUCUUUGGUGCCAUGAACGUUGUAGUCUUCCCUAUUGUCUGGCUUACGUAUCCAGAGGUCGCUGGCAGGUCGCUGGAGGAUGUGUCGCUUCUCUUCACCAGUGACAGCAUUCUAGAGCGUGAGAAUAUGAAGGAAUAUCACAAUCUUAAAGCAGAAGCUGGAGAGAAUGUCCAUCUGGCAGUGCGCAAUCUUCUCGCCCAAGUCGAAGCUGAUGUAGGCGUACAUACUUCUGAAGCUGGCAGUGCUCGAAGGUUAGAGGACGGGGAAGAGACCAGGGGCAAGGAGCAGUCUAAAGAGGUAUAA